CUGGACACGCCCUGCCAUGAGACGAGCGAGACAAACGAGACGAACCACCAUCAUGUGGACAAAAGGCUCAGUCCUGACAAACUCUCAUGUCUUCGAAGAGACAGUCUACUCUCGGACACCUGCCCGAUGUCAGCGAAAGCCAUGGUGGCUAUGGACCACCUUGAGAAGCUCCGAAGUUCUGGGGAUGCAACCGCCAAGCACGCGGCGAACUUCCAUCUCGACUCCCUGAACAUUGCGCGAACCAG